AUGCCCAGAACAACUCGACUCACUCCACAAGAGAAAUUACGCAAGGAAGCUCAAGAAGUGGAAGUGUUACGGCAAGCAGUGAUUGAACAUACUCCACCAAAAGGAAUAAAUCCAUUGGCCAAGUCGGGCGGGAGUGGUACUUGGUCAUCGGAUCCGAUGGUUAUUCCGGGAACGUUUACGAAAUUUUCAGAAUUACCAAUUUCGCAAUAUACGAAAGAUGCUUUGAAGAAGGCUGGAUUUGUGAAUUUGAAAGAUAUUCAGAAGGCUUCAUUGUUGUACUCUCUAGGUGGGAGAGAUAUUUUGGGUGCUGCCAAGACUGGAUCUGGUAAAACCCUUGCUUUUAUAAUACCUGUUUUGGAAUUAUUAUAUAGAAAAAGAUGGGGAAAACUUGAUGGCCUCGGAGCAUUGAUAUUGGCUCCUAAUAGAGAAUUGGCACAUCAAAUAUUUGAAGUUUUGAAACUUUGUGGACGGUAUCAUCACUUUAGUGCUGGAUUACUAGUUGGAGGUACAAAGAAUUUGAAAGAAGAGAAGGAACAAAUUUGCAACAUGAAUAUUCUUGUUGCUACUCCUGGCCGGUUGCUUCAACACAUGGACGAAACUCACGGAUUUACUUGUACAAAUUUACAAAUUCUUGUUUUGGACGAGGCUGAUCGAUUAUUAGAAUUUGGAUUUAAGAAGGAAAUUAAUGCAAUUUUGGCAGGAUUGCCAAAGAGUAGACAAACUCUAUUAUUUAGCGCUACUCAAACCAAAGACAUUAAGGACUUGGCAAGACUUUCUCUCAGCAAGACCAAUACAGAAUAUAUUUCUGUGCAUGAGGCAGAGCCUGUACCCAAACAACUCACUCAACACUAUAUUGAAUGUGAGUUGCAAGACAAAAUUGACAUUUUAUUUUCCUUUUUGAAGAGUCAUCAAACGAAAAAGACUAUUGUAUUCGCCUCAACCGUAAAGCAAGUUGCAUUUUUGUAUACAGCGUUCAAGCAACUUCCAAUCCCUGUUAAAAUAUUCAAGCUGGCAGGAAGAAUGUCACAAGCAGUAAGAAGAGAAAUGCACGAAGGGUUCACAUCUUCUAAAGCUGCUGUUUUAUUUGCAACAGAUAUUGCAGCACGUGGUUUGGACUUUCCUCGAGUAGAUUUUGUGCUUCAAUUGGAUGCUCCAGUGUCUAAAGCAUUUUAUAUUCACAGAAUGGGAAGAACCGCCAGAAAUGAUUCUGAUGGUAAAUCCAUUGUGUUCAUUAUGCCACAGGAAAAGGAGCUUCUUUCCUUCCUUUUUGAUAAGGAUAGCUUGGAAACGAGCUCAUUGAAAGAGAUGAAAAUUAAUCCAGACAAAAUCGUCACAAUUCGACAACAACUGGCAGCUCUUGUUUCACACGAUCCUAAUUUGAAGCAAGCAGCCAUGAAAUAUUUCCAAACAUAUAUCAAACAUCUUUACAAGCACUAUGGCUAUGAUUUGGAUAUUAAAUCAUUGAAUCUGGAUGGUUUUGCUGUCAAGUUGGGAUUGGCUCUAAAACCAACAUUGGUGUUGAAUCCAAACGAUCGAAUGAAGAAAGAGAUUCGUCUCAACAUGACUGAAGAUGAUAUGGAUGACGAAUCUGAGAGUGAUAGCGGUGACGAUACUGACGACGAUGAUACCUCCAGUGAUUCUAGCGAUUCGUCAAGUGACGAAGAAAUCGAAAACUUAUCUAAACUCGGUAAAGGAAGCGUGCUUGCAAAACAAUUGUCACUUGAUGAAAGCGACGAAGAGGAUAACGGCGUGGACUAUGACAGCAUCGAAGGUGAUGAUCAGGAAUCGAGUAAUAUGAAUAACGACGAGAGCGACGAAGAAAAAGAUGCAGAAAUGCAAUCAAAAAUUGACAGCAUUCCAAUUGAUGAUGGCGACGAUGAGGUUGAAUAUAAAGUGGAAUAUGAUCCAAACGCACCUUCUGACGAUGACUAUGGUGACAUUAGUAGUGAUUCCUCUGACGACGAUGCAGACGAGAGUGACAAUGAAGCAAUCAAAGAAGACGAUAAUGAAAAUGCAGACAAAAAAUCUAAAAAGAAGCUCUCAAAAAUUGACAAAUAUUUACAGAGGAAAGCACAACUUGACAAACGAUCCAUUGUUAUUGGAGAGGAACCAUCUCAAGAGGAAGACUUUUUCUAUGUGAAACGAUCCAAUCACAAACUGGAUGAAAAAGAUGACGUUCCAAUCUAUGUCAACAAGAAAAAGUUUAUGCAACAAGUCGACAGUAAGAAACACAUUAUAUUUAAUAAGGACGGAAAGAAGACUACCAAGUUUGAAAGUAUCAUUAACGACAUUAAGAAGAAUAAUUCUGAAAACGUUACCAAAGAUCGUUCAGACUUUUUACAUGAGAUCAAAUCCAGAAUGAAAUCCAAGGACGGCGAAGACAAACAACAUGAAAAAGAAAGAUUAAAACACAAGAAAGAAACACUUAAAAAGAGAGACCAGGAACUUGCAGAGCUAAGAAGAAAAGCUGAUCUGUUGGAGGAAGACCCUUUUGAUUAUCAACGCGUGUUAAAAUCCAAUGCAAACAAGCAUGUCACAGUGGAUGACGCUCUUCCAGAAGAGGAAGAUGUUGAUGAAUCCUAUGAAGGUUUUGUGAAGGCAAUGGAGCAAGCACCUGAAAAACCUGCAUCAACAACACAAAAAUUAAAGGAAAAGGAAGAAAAAGAAAAGCAAAUUAAGGAACAAGUGGAAGAGAAGAAACGAAAAUUCGACGAGCUUAUGGCAACAUCACAGCAGCGAGCUGAAAAGAAAGUUUCCAGUUCUGGUGCACCUACAAAGAAAAAGAAACAAGUUAUUGGACUUGACGAAGCUGAAGAAAUGGCUCUCAAACUCCUUGAAAAUAAACUGUAG